CAUGAGUUGCUUUCACUUCCUGGAAUCGAGGGCGCGUCAAUAAACAGUUCUCUUUAAUUGCGUUCCCAUUUAGUCGGUGGUCACACCAGAGACUGGAUGAAAUUGAAGACAAGAACUGACUUUGAACUUUUAAGACAUUUGGUCCACCAAGUUUCAGCAGUUUCCUCCCUGGUUCCAUCAUGUGUGAUCUCAGACAAGACAGCGAUUUGGAGACAGAUCACAUGGCUGAUUUCUCCCAGAUAAACAUUCGCCUGGACUCAUUCCGCGGCUCCAGCCUGGCCCAGCAGGUGUCCGCAGAUAGACUGGCCCGCGCCGGCUUCUACUUCACCGGCUACGCUGACCGUGUCCAAUGUUUCAGCUGCGGGAUGACCGUGGAGAACUGGUGCAGGGGAGACACGCCUGUGGAGAGGCAUAUAGAGGUUUCCCCAUCAUGCAGGUUUCUGAGCUGCAUCCACCGCACCAAUUUCAACGCAAGUUUUGAUACCAGCCUGACUAACGGUUCCACCUACAACGAAGAAGCAGAAGACAUGGAGUUUCUGAGAAGUGGCGAGGUAGUCGAUGAGAGCACCUACCCGAUGGUCCCUCACAUGAGGAGCGAGGAGGCCCGGCUUCGGACCUUCUCUGCCUGGCCCUCUACUGCUCCAGUGAGACCCCAAGACCUGGCCCAAGCCGGCCUCUAUUACCUAGGGGAAGUCGACCACGUGCAGUGUUUCUGCUGCAACAACAUGCUGGGGGGCUGGGGAGCGGGAGACACCGCCUGGGGAGAACACGCCAAACAUUUCCCCGAUUGCUCGUUCAUCCACGGCAAUGAUGUUGGCAACGUCCCAUUAGCGGGGGGGACGGUGGAGGAGGAGUGCGGGAGUAGACAACAGGCAAACGUUCGAGCCCAGAUGGGGAGUUAUGAAGAGAGGCUUGCUAGCUUCGCGGCUGUCCAGCACCCUAUUGACCCCGAGAGGCUGGCCAGAGCUGGCUUCUACAGCAAAGGUGUAAGAGACAUGGUCCUGUGUUUCCGCUGUGAUGGAGGUUUGAAAGGAUGGCAACCUGAGGAAGACCCUUGGGAAGAACAUGCCAAACACUACCCUGGAUGCAGCUUCCUGUUAGCAGAAAAAGGACAAGAGUUUGUUAACAACAUCCAGCUCCAAGACCCUCGACGAAAUCGAGCUACUUCAAGUCAUCAGAAUGGGUUUUCUGGUCAUGGGAAUGAGGUGCUGCGGUCUGACAUGGCUCAGAAGGCCAUAGAGGCGGGUCUGGAGCCCAGUGUGGUGGAAAAGACCAUCCUGGAGAAAAUCAGUACGACUGGCUCAGGCUACUCCACCCUGGAAGCUCUAAUGGAUGAUUGUUUCAAUGACACAGCAAUGAGUGAUGCUGCCUCGUCACAGAGUCAAGAUGAGGACCCACUGGAGAAACUACGGAAGCUGCAGAGGGAAAAACAGUGCAAAAUAUGUAUGGACAGAGAUAUCUGUAUUGUCUUCAUUCCAUGUGGUCAUCUGGCCACCUGUAAGCAGUGUUCAGAGACGCUCAUCAAGUGUCCAAUCUGCUGUGGGGCCAUAACACAGAAGCUCAAGACCUACAUCGCCUAAGGGAAUCACAAUCUCUUGCCAAACAUUAAUGCUGCUUUCGCACAAUCUCUAUAUUGUAUUUUAAUAAAUAAUGUAGAUGCCCUGUGACAUAUUUAAAGACCAUGUUGUUUGUUUGAGUAUGAGAAUAAAAUAAUGAGUCUUCACAAUCACUGAGAUGUUAAAUAGCUGUUAAUACUGAGAUGGUUUAUUAUAAAUAGUUGAUGUUGAUUUUAUAGAUAAUAGAAACUUGUAAAUACACACUAAAGAAUAAUUAUUAGCAAUGCAACCUUCUUUCUUGCCAGAGGUGCCUUUCUCUUGGUUGAUGUACUCGUGUCUUGUUUUGUGUUUUCUUUUAGGACAUUUUCCACAGGGUAAUUGAGCUAUACAUGAGAAGUCAUCUCAUUGUGUUUUAUACCCCUUAUGUGUCCCACUUGUCUAUUUUGUCUGGCUCUUUGCUGAAAUAUAUAAAUGUCGAUCCCUAACUGCCCUUUCAUUUAUAACUGACACAAUCAACUCUAAUUAGGGGCCGACAAUUAAUCAGUGAGUUGUAUUAACCGUUCCAUCAUGCAAUCUAUUUGGUCAUCAAGAGUGAAUAAAUCUGAAUGUUUGGACUUGGAAA